AAGAGACGUGACAUCUUCAAGCGUGCUGCCAAGUACCACGCUGAAUACAAGGCUAACGAACGCAAGGAAAUUGCUCUCCGUCGUCAAGCCAAGGCUACUGGUAACUACUAUGUUCCUGCCCAAGAAAAGUUGGUCUUCGUUGUUCGUAUCCGUGGUAUCAACAACAUU